AUGGCUGCUGCUAACUCCUCCUGCCUUCUUGUGUUCCAGUGGCAGAAAACAGAGGACUCGGCAGGAUACGUGUCCCAAGGAGACUGGGAUGAGGUAGAAGAGUUCCUCUAUGGCACUCCACAGAACCUCCCCCCGAACAGCUUUCCCGCCUAUGCACCACCAGGCCCCACCAGCGCUCCUUACCUGGUUCCAGCAAUACAGCACUCAACUGUUGCUGCCUACGAGGCCGGAGGAGCCUUAAUGGGAACACCUGGAGGGAACGUCUCUUCGGCCCAAUGCAGCUUUCGCCCCCCAGCUCCGGACCCCAGGAUUCUGUCAGCAGGGAUGGCGACGGACUUUGCUGUGCCCCAUUCUGACCAGGAGCUCCGUAUGGGUCUGGUGGCCCGUAAAAUCAACAGGGGUCCUCCUUCAGCAGGCCAGCACCUCGGAGACCCCAGAGCAGCCGGCCCUGGUCCGUACUGGCAGCCGCCCCACAACGCCUGGCUGAACCGCAGCCCUCCGUGGCAAUCCAGCUCCACCCAAGCCGUGCCGAUCCAGCUCUACCAGGCAGGUCCGGAGCUGACCGCUUUGCCUUCUCCUGGCCUCUCAGGCCCUCCUUUGCCCACAGGGGGAGUGGCGGGCCAGCCGAAGGUGGCCCAGAAGUCUCAGCCACGCAAGCCCCCUGGCGGCCACGCCUGUAGCAUCCCCCAAUGUGGCAAGACCUACACCAAGAGCUCUCACCUGAAGGCCCAUAUCCGGAGCCACACAGGUGAGAAGCCCUAUUUCUGCACCUGGGAAGGCUGCACCUGGAAGUUUACCCGCUCGGACGAGCUGAACCGUCACUUCCGCAGGCACACCGGGGAGCGCCCCUACAAGUGCAUCUUCUGUCCCCGGGAUUUCUCCCGUUCCGAUCACCUCUCUUUACACUUGAAGAAACACAAGUAG